AUGGAUUCGGACGCGGCCCUGGCCGCGCUACUGCAGCUUGAAGAGCAGCAGCAGGCGGCCAUCGUGGCUGCGAUCGAGCGCGACCUGCACAAGUGCCGCUCGUGCGAAGACCCGGGCGCCCAAGCGGCGGCGCUCGAGGCGAUGCCCCUGGCGCGCCUGCGCGAGGAGGCGCGCGCCGCGGUGGCCCUCAACCGGGGGCUGGGGGCGAGCAUGGAGCUGGGGGAGACAGAAAUUCUGGUGCAGAACAUGGCGCAGUGGUUCAAGGGGUCGUUCUUCUCCUGGAUGGGGACCUCCGCGCCCUGCGAGGCGUGCGGCGGCACCGCCGAGUCGCAGUCGAUGCUGGAGCCGCUGCCUGAGGAGGCGGCCGCCGGCGCGGGGCGCGUGGAGGCGUUUGUGUGCGCGGCGUGCGGCGCGGUGCUGCGGUUCCCGCGUUACACAGACCCCAGGAAGCUGCUGGUCACCCGCAAGGGCAGGUGCGGCGAGUGGGCGCACACGUUCCUGCUGCUGCUGCGCGCAGCGGGGCUGGACGCGCGCCACGUGCACGACCACGCAGACCACGUGUGGGUCGAGUUCUACUCCCAUCACCUGGGCCGCUGGGUGCACGUGGACCCCUGUGAGACCGCCUUUGACACGCCGCUGCUGUACGAGCAGGGGUGGGGCAAGAAGUACGGCCUCGUCAUCUCAUCGGGCGUGCAUGGCAUCGCCGACACCACGAGGCGGUACAGCAAGGACCACUCGGUGGCGCUGCAGCGGCGGCGGGAGGACGAGUCCCUCAGCGCCAUCACUGACGAGUUCAUCGCCCGGCUGGUCGCCAGCGUCAACCAGCGGCUGCGCGCCGACAUGCAGACUCAGCAGAGGAAUGAUCUGAUUGUGAGAGACCUGGCAGAGGCGAUGCAGCUCAUGAUGCCGGAGCUGUCGAUUCGAAAACGGCGGAAGGACAAGGCGGCGGCGCCGGCGGGGGCUGCGGACGGGCAGCAGGCGGGGGAGACCAGGGCGGCCCCGGUGCUCCCGGGGCGCCUGUCAGGGCCGGCCGCGUGGCGCACAGCGCGCGGCGAGGCGGGCGCCGCGGGGGCCGGCGGCGGCGCCCCGAACGGGCCGCGGGCGGCGCCGCCGGCGGGGACGCCGUACGAGCUGGUCAAGCCGGGGGCGGCUGUGCUGGCGCCCCUGUACGCGGCGGCGGGCCAGCUGUUUGGCUCGGAGGGGGCCGCGUGCCGCGCCUCUGGCCAGAAUGGGCGCGGCGAGGGCGCGGCGCUGCUGUUUGACGGCUCCCCCGCCACCAAGUGGCUCGACUUUGGCGGCGGCGGGGCCGGCGGGCAGGCGUGGGUGGAGUUGCGGCUGCCGGCGGCGGCGGGGGCGGCGGUGGUGGCUCACUACUCUCUAGUGUCAGCUGGGGACUGCCCUGAGAGGGACCCCUCACAUAUCUUGUUGGAGUGCGUCCCGGCCCGCGCUUUGGACGAGGGCGGCGCGGCCGGCGAGGGCGCGAGCGGCAGUGGGAGCCAGGGCGGCAGCGGGUCGGCGCCAGCGGCGGCGGCGGCGGCGGCGCCAGCAGCGGCGGAGGAGGGUUGGGUGGCGCUGGACGAGCGGCGGGGCGUGAAGUUCGCGGCGAGGGGGCAGCUGCUCUCGUUCUCUGUGUCGGCGCCCUGCCGCGUUCCCAGCCGCCGCUGGCGGCUGCGGGUGCUGGCGGCGCGCGACCCGGCGACGGCGAACUCUGUGCAGCUGGCGGGCUGGGAGGCGUACACGGCGGGCGGCGCGGCGGUGGCUGCGGCCCCGCCGGUUGGGGACGCUGAUGCCUGUGGCAGCAGUGAGGACGCCGCCGGCGGCGGCGGCGGCGGCGAGGGCUACUUGACAGCCGACGCGCGGCGCGCGCUGCGUUCGAUGGCGGCGGCAGCGCAGCCGGCCUCGGCGAGCGCCGCCCCGUCCGACGGCGCGGCGGGGGCUGCAGGCAGCGGGCCUGCGGCGGACGCGGCAGGCACGGGCGCGGGCGCGGGCGGCGCAGGAGACGCCGCGGCGCUGCGCCUGCUGCGGCGCGUCGCCGCAAACCUUGGGGCUGAGCCGGCUGAUGAGAAGUUCUUCCAGCUGCGGGGCGACAAGGUCGCCGCCCUGCUGGAGCGCCCCGCCUGCCUGGCCGCGCUCCUGGCAAUGGGCUUCCGCCCCGUCCUCCUGCCGCCCAGGCCCGGCGGCACGCGACAGCUGCCUCGUUCAGAGGCUGGGGUCCACCCGUCCGAGGUUGGCCUGAUCUCAGAUCACACAGCAGCGGAGGACAGCGGCAGCGACGGGCGCGAUGCGGCGCAGCGGGCGGCGGCGGAGGUGCUGGCGCUGCUGGGGGCAACUUGUGCAUGA